AUGACUGCGCCUCUACGCGCCGCGCCUACCGACAGCAUCUUUGAGCAACGCGACCCUAUGGGGCGCUCGCACACGCUCGAUCCUGAUGGGGGCGUGGUGCUUGUCCUAGAAAAUACGAAUCCAGCUUUUGCCCUGUGGGAUCAAUGCACCACCGCCGGGCUUCAGGAACUUAACCUGUGCCAGCCUGACAGCGCAACGCAUCCUGAAACACGCGCCAGAGGCGAGCACGCAAGACUCACAUCAGUCUCGUGGAAUUCGAUUUCGGCAUUAAAGGCAGGACCAAAAGCAGAAGGCAGCUUCAGGAAAUUGAGCAAAAAGGACAAGAGAAAGAAGAGGAGGCAAGAAGAGUCUAAGUCUCCAACGGUCGCGAAUAUAGAUCCACUACAGGCCCAGCAGAUGACUCUAAGCAACACAACCACACUUAUCCCCAUCCAUUAUGCCACUGCCGACCAUACUGGAGGUCUGUCAUCAGGCUUGAGUCCACAGUCCAGCAAGCAGGAUGAAUACGGUCGCCGAGUUCGGCAAUGA